AUGUGGGUAGAUAGUGUGCAGGACACACAAAGAGACAAACAGCGGACCUCAGAAAGCAGGAGACAUCAAAGUAAGAGUGACCUGGGAAAAAACCCCUUGAGCGUGCAUCGGCGAUUGUUAGGGUUCCCAGGCGCUAAAGACUUCUAUUGGUUCAGGCCUAGAGGACCUGACCAUCUCUGCUGGGCCCGCCUUUGUGACGUUGACCACUCCGCUGCAGCAGCGGAUUGUGCCCUCGCGGGUGAGACCCAAAGCCGGUGGCCCCGCGGAGGCGGGAGCCCGGCCAUGGCGGAGGCGGCCGAGCCCAUGGGCGUAUCCCAAGGUGCCGAAGUCAAAACCCAGCGGCCUGCGGGGAAAUCCCUCGGGGCACUACUGAGGCGGGGCCCGCGCUCGGUGCUCAAAGUGUCCCAGCUGGUGCUGGGAGCCAUCACGGCGCACAAAGGGCUGACCCUGGCGGCUCUCAAGCGGGAGCUUGGAAACGCCGGCUACGAAGUGCGCAGGAAGAGCAGCCGCCCUGGAGGCGAAACGCCCGGGCACGAGGCCAAGGGCACGCUCCUUCGGGUAAGCGGCCACGACGCCUCCGGCUACUUCCGGGUCUGGAAGAUUCCGAAGCCGAAGAGAAAGCUGGGACGCCCACAGUUGGAGGAGGCAGUCCGCCUUCAGAUGAGGACCCCACCAAGGCCCCGGCGCCCGCGGAGGCGUCGCACGCGGCGCAAGGCCGCGAAGAAUGCCAGAAAAGCAUGGAGAGCGUGCGUCAGGGCCAGCGCCAGGGCCAGGGCGAGGAAGGUGAGGCCGAGAGCCAGGGACGUGGUGAGUGCCAGGGCCAAGGAGGAAGCGAGAGCCAAGGUGGUGGACAAGGGAAGAGGACUCACCACGAAGGUCGAUGCCCGGCCUAGGUCGGGGGAGCAGAGGCCAAGCUCCUCGAAGUCCAAGGAGGAGAUGCACGAGCCCAAGAAACCGGUGAAACGGACCAGCCAGAAGCCAACCCCGGUCAGAAGCGACCGGAAUUGUAGUGGGCAGGGAAAGACUCGCACAAAGGCUUCCACAAAGUCUGAAGGUCCUCGGAGUGCAGCUUGGAACCCGUAG